UUCCAUCUCCAUUGCGAGCGACAGUGGAGUUUCUUUCCUUUGAUUUCUGAUCCUUCUAGACGUAUCUUGAAAAUGCUGCUGAAAUUAGUGAAUAUAAAUGGCUGGCAGCACCUGUUCGCCUGCACUGAGGGGCAGGAUGAUGAAACCCUAACUAUUCUCGUUCUCCAUCCUCGCGAGAAAUUGAGUUACUCCGAGACUUUGAUGAAACACGAUUACCAACAGCGUUUGAAAACGCUCAACGCGCGUGUGGAGUUUCCCGAGAAAUUGGUGCGCCUGGUCCUGGUCAACGAUGAUCCAUUGCAUGUCGAACAGCAUUUCCAGCACCCAUUGAACAUCCUCAAGCUUAAGUAUGCCAUGGCGAAUACUGAAGUUUCCCUCAAGUGGGAAUGGCACCUGAGACCCAUGGAUGCCGCACAGUCUUAUAGCCAAAUGUUCUUGAACACAAUGUCCACGGCUUCGGGACUGCGGGAUCAGAUACCCCUUCUACUAGAGAUUAUCCAAGCCAAGGAUAAGGAGCUGAACCAGUAUCGCACCGAGGGAUGCCAGCUGCGCAGAGUGACCGAAGUAACCAAGCCUUUUGAACUCAAGGCUUUUAUGGAUAAGAACAAGGAAUUGCUGGACUGUGCCGCUGCGUACCAGAAGGCGCAGAGUAUUUUGACACCGCUUUCUUCGCCAUGUGCACGUGAUGUCGCGCCUUAUACUCCGUCAAACGGAUACUCAGCUUCUUCAAAGACAUCAAGCCCAAAAGAAGCUCCUCGCAUUAGCAAGCACAAGGCUCUUGAAACCAAUCCCAAUCAUAUGGAGCGCGAGGUGAUGCCUAGCUCGCAUAGUUUCCAAGAGUCAAACGCAAAUUUAAUCUUAGAAGUAGAGCUAGUGCCAAUGGACACGAAGAAUGAUCUCAGUGAUGCCGAAGAGUCUGGGCUUUCCCCAGGAGGGUCGGCCAAACUAACCGAAUUAAAUGCAACCGUCGGAAAUGGUGUAUAUGAACUUGCAUAUCAGGAACAGUAUGCUUCUUCUAUAGAUGAGGAUUCUUCUUCUGAAGAUGAGGAUAGUUCUUCUAAUGAUGAAGAUGCUCCUUCUAAAGUUGAGGAUGCUGCUUCUAAAUAUGAUGAUGACUAUGAUGAUAUAUCAAUAUGUUAGCGAAAAAGUAAUUUGAUCUCAUUCUAAGGGUGCUACAAGCAAAACUUUAGCCUUAGUACAUACGUUUUUUUUUUUUUUUUUGAGAUAAAGACAAGUCCACAGUUAUAAAAGGAUAAAAGACAUGAUUCCAUUUGUUGAUUAGGUAUUCGUACCUAAGCCCAUCGAACAGCAAUUAAAUGGAACAAAGCACUGUAUAGUGUUGUAGAUUUUAA